CCCACCAGCAGCACCACCACCAUUCCCGACCACCGCUCGUCUUCUCAUUUUCCGGCCAGAGCUACCGUGAGACCAUGGCACAACCUGCGACUCCAGUGACACCGGCGUUGAAGGACGAUCUGGACAUAGUGAUUCCCACCAUCAGGAACCUGGAUUUCUUGGAGAUGUGGAGGCCAUUUUUCCAGCCAUACCAUCUGAUAAUCGUACAGGACGGAGAUCCGACGAAGAAGAUUCGGGUUCCGGAGGGGUUCGACUACGAGCUCUACAACCGGAACGACGUGAAUCGGAUCCUGGGACCCAAGGCAAGCUGUAUCUCCUUCAAGGACUCCGCUUGUCGCUGCUUCGGCUUCCUCGUUUCCAAGAAGAAGUACAUCUUCACAAUUGAUGAUGACUGCUUUGUGGCUAAGGAUCCGAGUGGGAAGGAGAUAAAUGCAUUGGCGCAGCACAUACAGAACUUGCUGACACCAUCGACUCCCUUCUUCUUCAACACCCUGUAUGACCCUUUCAGGGAAGGAGCUGAUUUUGUUCGGGGAUACCCAUUUAGCUUGAGGGAAGGAGCCCCAACUGCUAUAUCUCAUGGGCUGUGGCUCAACAUCCCUGAUUAUGAUGCCCCAACUCAGCUUGUCAAGCCUCUCGAGCGCAACACCAGUUCACUCAGGUAUGUGGAUGCUGUUAUGACCAUCCCAAAAGGAACUCUAUUUCCAAUGUGUGGCAUGAACCUUGGAUUCGACCGGGAACUCAUAGGUCCUGCUAUGUACUUUGGGCUUAUGGGUGAUGGCCAACCAAUUGGCAGAUACGACGAUAUGUGGGCUGGAUGGUGUGCAAAGGUGAUCUGUGACCAUAUGAGUCUUGGUGUGAAAACUGGGCUGCCAUACAUUUGGCACAGUAAGGCGAGCAACCCAUUUGUCAAUUUGAAGAAAGAAUACAAAGGAAUAUACUGGCAAGAAGACAUCAUCCCAUUCUUCCAAUCUGUUGUCUUCCCAAAAGAAUGCAUAACUGUGCAGCAAUGCUACAUUGAGCUUUCUAAGCAGGUCAAGGAGAAGCUGGGGCAUGUUGAUCCUUACUUCCAGAAACUCGCAGAUUCUAUGGUUACGUGGAUUGAAGCCUGGGAGGAGCUAAACCCUCCAACAAAAGCAGCACCUGCAGCUCAGCCCAAUGGUGUUAAGAAGGAUGCACCGGCUCCCAAACCCAAGUAGACAGCCUUCAAUCUAUGUUUCACUGUACUAGUUGAAUUUUGCUUUCCUUAGGUUCUUAUUGACUCCAGUUCUCAAUUGCUUUAUGUCUUGGCUUAAUUUUAUAGCUUCUGUGCCCCCUGUGCUUCUGUUUCUGAGUUUAAUGGACUUUCCAUGCUUUUAUCAUAAUAAAGAUCUGAUGAUUGUUAUAGA